AUGCUUAAAACCAGUAUCAGGACACUUAAAAGAAUGACAAACUCGAAAUUAAUAGAACUUCCAAAGUCGUCUUCAUUUACUCAACGGAUAAAGCCAGAUAAAAGAGUUCCAUCAGUGGAGGUUGCUUUGGAAAACGAAGGCAACAUUACCAAUACCCCAAGAAAUAUAACUCAUGGUGGAUUUUCAUGGGUGUUACCCACUCCGAGAGAUGACUAUGAGUUUAUGAUUGCUAACCCAUUAGCAAUGAAAGACCUAGGAUUGAGUUUAGAUGAAAUUGAAGAUCCAGUUUUUCAACUGAUUGUAAGUGGAGAAUUCUACCAAGAUAAAGUUACUUUUGUCAAAGAAAACUUCCCUAUGCCUUACGCCCAAGCUUAUGCAGGUUGGCAGUUUGGACAAUUUGCCGGACAGCUAGGUGACGGAAGAGUGGUCAAUUUGUUUGAAGUUCCUAAAGCUGUACCAGAUGGCGAGAAUCGCGACAAAUACGAAAUCCAAUUAAAAGGUGCGGGGAAAACACCUUUCUCUAGAUUUGCGGAUGGUAAGGCCGUGUUGCGGUCAUCUAUCAGAGAAUACAUUAUAUCAGAACAUUUACAUGCAAUUGGAGUACCAACUACGAGAGCCCUUGCAUUGACGUAUUUGCCUAGUACUUUGGCUCAACGACAUGGAGCUGAGAGAUGUGCCAUAGUUGCACGGUUUGCUGAGAGUUGGGUCAGAAUGGGUACCUUUGAUUUAUACAGAUGGAGAGGUGAUCGUGAAGGGAUUAGAGAUUUGUCUGAUUAUGUGAUUAAUGAGUUGUUUACUAUUAAUGGAGUAAAGUUUCAGAAUUUUGAAAGAAUUGUUAAGACUGGCCCUAACUUUUUCAAAUUAAAUGAUAAGUUACUAGGCGAAUUGACUGAUUACGAUAAAAUGUAUUACGAAACCGUAGUAAGAAAUGCAGAGACCACUGCAAUUUGUCAGUGCUAUGGGUUUUUAAAUGGGGUUUUGAAUACUGACAAUACAUCAAUCUUAGGUUUGACUAUAGAUUUUGGGCCAUUUUCCAUAAUGGAUAAAUAUAAUCCAAACUAUACACCAAACUCAGAAGACCACGAAGGUAGAUAUGGAUAUAGAAAUGUUCCUACUGCAAUUUGGUGGAAUUUGACUAGAUUGGGAGAGGAUUUGGCAGAGUUGGUUGGAGCUGGUAAUGAGUUGUUAAAUGACCCACUGUUUCAACAAGGUAUUAAAGAAGAGUGGGAAGAUUCAAUUAUCAAGCGCGCCACAAAAAUUAUAGAAAUUGGUGGAGAAAUAUACCAGCAUGCUUUUACUAAAAAAUACGUUGAAACAUUUUUCAAUCGAUUGGGUUUAUCACAUGAAUUGAUAGAUGCUCAAAACCCAGAAAUACAACGUACCGAUGUUAUUGUUCCGAUGUUGGAUGUGUUGUACAAGAUUCAAACCGAUUUUAAUUUGUUUUUCUUGAAAUUGCAGGAUUUAGAUCUUGACUCUGGUGAUUAUGCUUUGAUUGCAGAAAAAGAGUUCUUGCCAAACUAUGAUUUCAACACAUACAGACAGCACAAAGAUGAUUUGAUAAAGCAAAUUAGUGAAUGGUUGAUACUAUACCACGAAUUAAGGAACAAAACCAAGAAAUAUAAAUCAACUCCUGAUCCAGCAAAAUACAACCCUAAAUUUUUACCAAGAAAUUGGAUUUUAGAUCAAGUGAUUCAGCAAGCAGAAAGCUCACGUGGGGCUGAGACAACAUAUCUUGAAAAAUUGCAGAAAAUGAGUUCCAACCCAUAUGACGAAACUAAAUGGGGAGAUGAAUUGAAAGAUUUAGAGCAAUCUUGGUUACUUCAGGGUAACAAAGGGGAUGAGUUUGCCAUGUUACAGUGUGGCUGUUCAAGCUAA